AUGGCUUCUUACAGAAGGAACAUGGAAGAUGAAGCAUUGCGUAAAGGUACUUGGCUUGAAGAAGAAGAUGAGCUGUUAGUGACCUUCGUAACCAUUUUCGGAGAGCGGCGGUGGGAUUCAAUAGCUAAAGCAUCAGGCCUUAGAAGGAACGGCAAGAGUUGCAGGUUGCGUUGGUUGAACUAUCUUCGACCUGAUCUUAAGCAUGGUAGAAUAAAUGCUGAAGAAGAGCAAAUUAUUCUUCACCUUCACCAAUGCUGGGGAAACAAGUGGUCAAAGAUUGCAAGGAAGUUGCCAGGAAGAACUGAUAAUGAGGUUAAGAACUACUGCAGAAGUCAUCAGAGAAAGAAAGCACUAGCUGAAGAACAAGAAAACUUGCAGACAGAGAGAGGGAUUACAACACCUACACCCCAAGAUUUCUUAACCCAAGAAGCUGAUCAAAGCACAAAGACAUGGAACUUUGAAUACGAAAGCUCUGUUAUAGAGAAGAAAUUGGGGAUAUCAGAGGUCUCAACUGAUAUCUUCACAUUAUCAGACUCUGCAUUUGCUAGUUCACAAUAUGAAACCCAUUUAACUGAUUGGAUAUCAGGGAACUUGGACAAUCAAACAGUAAUGAUAGAUGGUGAAGAGUGCAGUACUUUGGAUCCUUUGUUCUGUUAUCCUACAUGGAAUAUUUCAGAAAAUGAAAAUAAUGUAUCAGCUCAUUGCUCAGGCUCUCUCUGGGAUGUGGACUAA